AUGAAUGCACAAGGGUACUCUGACCUUGGUCUUCAUUUGCUCCUGUUCGACGCACAAUUCGAACAACUCGCGACAAUUCAAGCUGCACAAGGCGGCGCAGCAGCGAUGACCCCCGAUGUUCUCGCUCCGGACCACGAAGCGCAAGAGGGCAAUAACGACGCAGAUGUCUCCCCAUUGGAGCGCGCUGCACCCGGUUUCGAUGAAUACAUGCGGCUCUACGAGGAGCACGCAGAAGAAGCUGUAGGAAUGCAGCAUGGUAGUGUCUCUCCGAUGCUACUUCCAUGGGUGUCCAUGGGAUCCUCAGGCUCGCCCUUCAAUGCUGGUGAAUCACCAGGGCCUUCAGAACACGAGGCAACGACAUCGACGGUAGUACCGUCACAUGAACUUCCUCCGCCUAGUGCGGAGCUACCCCGAAGACGUCGCGCCCCACGGCGACCCAUCGCAGCUUUGUCCGCGUCAUCGACGCCCGGUCUCACAACGGCCGUUUCCUCACCAGGAAGCAUAGCGUCCCUGCUAACGCCCGGUAGCUCUGCUGCGAGCACUCCGUGCUAUCCGGAGUAUGUCUUCGAACGGCCUGACCUUCCUAAGGUCAACCUGCGGAAGCGUAGGGCUUCGGCUCGCAGUACUAAGGCGCAACAGCCCAUUGCGUCUACGUCGGGUGUAACACUAGAUGAGCCGCUCCAGGCGGCUGCGUCCUCUGCUCCUCCGCCUGCUAUGAUGCAGGGUAAGCGAGGGCGCGAGGAGACGGAGGGUGGGGAUGACGACGAUGAAGAGGAGCGGCCCACCAAGGCCCAACGGCCGAACUCAGAGACACCUCCUGCCAGGAUGAAGUGCGUCGAAUGCUCGUUCACCGGUACUCCGGACCAAGUGUGGGCCCAUUACAAGGCCUACCUACCCGGCGCCAGCGCUGUUCCCCGCGCUGUGCUCUAUACGUGUCACUGGAAGGGCUGCGAUGCCACAGGGACCGGAGAAGUGCUCUACGAGCACUGGUUGGAAGCACACACGUCCGAUUUUGCUGCGGAGGCGUAUCAAAGGAAACAUAGGGACCGUACCGUUGUUGUCGAAUGUCCAUUGUGCGACCACGACUACGAGGCCCGGUGCGCGGAAUGGGAGGAGGCUGGGCAGCCUGAGGGAAGGAAACCGUUAUGUCCUGCUCUUAUCAGCCCUAUCAUCCGCGCCCAUGUUGCGGGACAUUGGCUUGCUCCGCCGGUGUUCGCGUGGUGCGAGCCAUGCCGUGCAUGGAAGCGGAAGGACAGCAUCAAGAAGAACUUUGGCACGUGCGUCCACAAGUUCAUGGCGACACAUCGCCAUCAGCACUAA